AUGACCUUUUGUUUACAUCGGUCACACCUAAAGGCUCUAAACAUGUCUGAUUUGUAUUAUACAGAAGAGGGCAUUGAGGAGCUUCAAGAUGAUGACAUAGAAGAUAUCCCUCUGCAAUUAAACGUGCAAGAUGGAGAUGACGAUGAAAUAACCCCAGAUUUAUGGCAAGAGGCUUGUUGGCUUGUUAUCAGCAGUUAUUUCGAUGAGAAGGGUUUGGUUCGACAACAGUUGGAUUCUUUUGAUGAAUUCAUUCAAACAUCUGUUCAGAAAAUUGUUGAAGACUCCCCUGUUAUAGAAUUCCAGGCAGAAGCCCAGUAUACAGGUGGAAUAAUUGAAAAGCCGAUUUACCUUAGUAAAGCGACGCAUUGGGAGAAGGAUGGUUCCUCUGCUCCCAUGACCCCGAACGAUGCGCGACUUCGAAAUCUGACCUAUGCUGCCCCCCUAUAUGUUGACGUUGUCAAGAAAGUCACCAGAGACGGCUACGUAGAUGAAAAGAAAUUCGAAAAGAAGUUUAUUGGCAAAAUUCCCAUCAUGUUGAGAUCGAGUUAUUGUAUUCUGGCUGUUAUGAGCGACCGUGAUUUGGCAGAACUUAAUGAAUGUCCGCUUGACCCUGGUGGCUACUUCAUUAUAAAUGGUUCUGAAAAAGUUUUGAUAGCUCAAGAGAAGAUGGCUACAAAUACAGGUAGUUACCCAUUUUUCUGUCUUACGACUUUAGUUUAUGUAUUUCAACAAAAGGACAGCAAAUACGCCUACAAAACUGAAAUUCGAUCCUGCCUUGAGCACAGUUCUCGUCCAGCUAGCACGCUUUGGGUUAACAUGAUGGCGCGUGGUGGUAAAGACAACAAUAAGCGCGCAACCAUCGGUCAACGUAUUGUCGCUAUUCUCCCUUAUAUUAAACAGGAGAUACCUGUUCUGAUUGUCUUUCGGGCUCUUGGCUUUGUGGCCGAUCGCGACAUUUUGGAACACAUCAUCUACGACUUUGAGGAUAGUGAAAUGCGUGAAAUGAUAAAGCCGUCCCUCGACGAGGCUUUCGUUAUCCAAGAUCAGAAGGUUGCACUUAACUUUAUCGGUUCACGUGGUGCUCGGCCGGGUGUCACAAAGGAAAAGCGUAUCAAGUAUGCCAAGGAGAUAUUGCAAAAGGAAACACUUCCUCAUGUUGGCAUCUCUGACUACUGCGAUACUCGCAAGGCCUUCUUUUUGGGCUACAUGGUGCACCGUCUCCUUCUCACGGCGCUUAAACGGCGCGAUGUUGACGAUAGGGAUCACUAUGGAAACAAACGACUGGAUCUUGCGGGUCCUCUACUCGCUUUUCUCUUUCGUGGACUAUUCCGUAACUUGACCAAAGAAAUCAGACUAUAUGCUCAAAAGUUUAUCGACAAGGGAAAGGAAUUCAAUCUUGAAAACGCCAUUCGUAGUCAAAUCAUAACAGAUGGCUUAAAGUACUCCCUUGCUACGGGCAACUGGGGAGACCAGAAGAAGGCUAAUCAAGCUAGACCGGGUGUUUCUCAGGUUCUUAAUCGACUCACUUUUGCCUCCACCCUGUCGCAUCUUCGACGCUUGAAUUCCCCAAUCGGCAGAGAUGGAAAGUUGGCGAGACCACGUCAGUUACACAACACUCUGUGGGGCAUGAUUUGUCCAGCCGAAACUCCCGAGGGUUCCGCCGUUGGUUUGGUUAAGAAUUUGGCUCUCAUGGCGUACAUAUCCGUUGGGAGUCAGCCGUCACCAAUUCUGGAAUUUCUUGAGGAGUGGAGUAUGGAGAACCUGGAAGAGAUCGCCCCCUCUGCGAUUGGGAAGACCUGUAAAAUCUUCGUCAACGGCUGCUGGGUCGGAAUACACAACUCUCCGGAUCACCUUAUGGUCACGCUGCGGAAACUUCGACGCCAGGUGGAUGUUAUUGUGAGUGAGGUCAGCAUGGUCAGAGAUUAUCGCGAUCAGGAGAUCCGAAUUUACACCGAUGCUGGUCGCAUCUGCCGCCCGCUUGUUAUUGUCGAGAAGGGCAAGCUCAUGCUCAAACGGACUCACAUCGAUCAGCUAAAGAAUAGGGCCUAUAACCGCUUUUGCUGGCAGGAGCUUGUACUCUACGGUGUAGUGGAAUAUAUUGACAUUUUGGAGGAGGAGACAGCCAUGAUUGCUAUGGGUCCAGCUGAAAUGCAGGCCGCAGUAAAUUACUGUAAAACUCACACUCACUGCGAAAUUCAUCCAAGCAUGAUUCUGGGCAUCUGUGCCAGCAUCAUUCCCUUCUGCGAUCACAACCAAUCUCCGCGUAACACCUACCAAAGCGCAAUGGGCAAACAGGCCAUGGGUGUGUACAUCUCUAACUUCCACACUCGUAUGGACACUCUCGCCAACGUACUCUACUACCCUCAGAAGCCUCUCGUUACUACACGCUCCAUGGAGUAUUUGCGAUUCCGAGAGCUGCCAGCCGGCAUCAAUGCCAUUGUCGCCAUCGCCUGCUACACUGGGUAUAAUCAGGAGGACUCGCUGAUUGUUAACGAAAGUGCCAUUCAGCGUGGCUUCUUCCGAUCGGAGUUCUACCGAACUUACAAGGACCAGGAGGCAAGACAUGGGAUGGAUCAAGAAGAGGUCUUCGAGAAACCAAAUCCACAAACUUGCCGGGGCAUGCGCCACGCCAUCUACGAUAAACUAGACGAUGAUGGUCUUAUCGCACCCGGCACUCGUGUUUCUGGGGAUGAUGUGCUUAUUGGAAAGACUAUUUCCCUACCGGAAAAUGAAGAUGAGCUGGAUGGCGGUCAAAGGCGCUACACGAAACGCGAUGCCUCGGUAUUUAUGCGCCGCAGCGAGUACGGUAUUGUGGACCAGGUAAUGGUCACCUGGAACAACGAAGGAAAUAAGUUUUGCAAAGUGCGUGUGCGCACCACAAAGACUCCACAAGUUGGUGACAAGUUUGCCUCGCGUCACGGUCAAAAAGGUACCUGCGGCAUCCUCUACCGACAGGAGGAUAUGCCCUUCACUUGUGAGGGCAUCACUCCCGACAUUAUUAUCAAUCCUCACGCCAUUCCCAGUCGAAUGACAAUUGGUCACCUGAUAGAGUGUCUUCAAGGCAAAGUCAGCGCGAAUAAGGGUGAGAUUGGCGAUGCCACUCCCUUCAAUGAUGCUGUGAACGUACGGAAGAUCUCCCUCCUCCUGCAGGAGUAUGGGUACCAACACACAGGCAACGAGAUCAUGUACAAUGGUUUCACAGGUCGUAAGCUCAACUCCCAGAUCUUCCUGGGUCCCACGUACUAUCAGCGUUUGAAGCACAUGGUCGACGACAAGAUUCACUCGCGCUCGCGUGGACCCGUCCAAAUUCUCAACCGUCAGCCCAUGGAGGGCCGAAGUCGCGACGGUGGCUUACGGUUCGGUGAAAUGGAACGUGACUGCCAGAUCGCCCACGGUGCAGCCCAAUUUCUCCGGGAGCGCCUCUUCUUUGCUAGCGAUCCCUAUCAAGUUUAUGUGUGCAAUCUGUGCGGACUGAUGGCUAUCGCACAUCAACGCAACAAGACUUUCGAAUGUAGUACUUGCCAGAACACCACACAGAUAUCUCAAGUGGCUUUACCGUAUGCCUGCAAGCUUCUCUUCCAAGAGCUCAUGUCCAUGUCCAUCGCACCGCGCAUGAUGGUGAAUGCGAAUUCUACCCCCUUCUAA